AUGGAACCGGAAACAAUCAAGUGGCGGUACAAGUCUGUGACCGUAACUCCAAGUCACUCAAGGCGCUUUUUGGGAGAUUCAAAAAUGCGAAGUCAACUACAGGUAUGUAAAGGUUUAAUUGAUGAUACUCUAUUACAAGUAUUAACAAUAAGUGUUGAUCAUCCACUAGGUACCCCAAGUAGGGGACCUUGGAGUGUAAAGGCAAGGGAGAUCCAAGAGCUGAUCAAGCUUAAAACGGCUGAAGCUGAGCCACGAGGAAUUGAUGAUGAAUUCGAAGAGGGUGAUGUGGAGGCAGAGACUGUGGUCACGGCAGUGGGUGGAGGAAAAAACUUUCCAGCAAUCGAAGAGCAGGCCGUGGAGAAUGCAGCUGCUGACGAUCAACACGCUUCCUCUCCUCGUUUGGUCUCUCGUACGACACCCGUACCAAAAAAGACGAGGACCGCGCAGGCAAGUAAUCUGCAAGAUUUCACAGACACUUUUGCUCAUUACAUGUCUGCGGCCAUCAAGACCAUGGAAGGUCUGAGUUUAGAAGACUCUCCUGGUGCCGGUGGUAAUGAUGUCUAUGGAAGUCGUCUGACAUUGUUGGAGAGCAGCUUGGAGCUAAUGAGCAGCCAGAUAACAAUUUAUAUUCUCGCAUUACUUAUUAUUGAAUGA